GAAACAAUAUGGCGACGCACAGACAGUGUUUGUUUUGAUUAGUAACUCAGGCUGAUGUUUGUUGUUGAAAAGAUAGUAAAGAAGUUACAGAAUGGCAGAACAUGACAAGAAAACACAACAAGGAGCAACAAAUUCUGAAAAUGAUGCACAGGCAGUGAACCCAGAGGAAUUGAGAGAAAGACGAUUAGCAUAUUUUCAGUCAAAAUCUGCAUCAAAGCAACUUGUUAAAGAUGGCUAUUCUCGUGAUGAUGCUGUUUCGAAACCUUUAAGGCAAGACAAAAUAAGAGAGGAUGAUACUAAGCCUAAAGCACCAGAUAAAUUUGGGAAUCCCCAGUCUUCUAUUACUGACAUUGUUGCAGGCAUUGGUCUAGAAGAGGAAUUUUCCCGUCAAGACUACAGAGUAAAUUCCCCACUUAAAGAAGUAAAACUUAAACCAACUAGAUGCACCUUAAAAACUGAAAUUACCAGACCACCUGAAUGUUCUGAAAAUCCCAGUCAUCAGAGAGAUUUCAAGGUACCAGAAUUAAUACAAGAUCAAGAAUUUGAUGAGAAAAUUAAACUACACCCUGCUGCCAGAAUAAAUCCUGAUAAUUUACCACUCACUUCUCUCCAAGAAUCCCAGAAUUUGGAUUCAGUAUCAGUAUUUCAGAGUGAAGCUGAUUUGGAGAGUUUAGGACUUUCCACUCAUCGCCCUGCUUCUCCCCCAUCGACAGUUUCUGUUCUAGACAAAAGAUUAAAUGGAGAUAACCCCAUACUAGAUGCUUCUGAAAUUAAAAGUCUGUUAGGAGAUGAAAAGUAUGAAGAGUUUCUCCAGAAAUCUGUAAAAGACAUUAAUGCUCUUUAUAAGCAUAAAACCACAGAAACAUCACCACGUCUGCUUGACCAGACAGCAUCAGUUUUAGCUGAACAGACAGCACCAAAUACUACAGAAUACAAUGUCAUCAAUUCAGAUAAAAAUACAAUUAACUUUGUUCACAACAAUAUAAACAAAAAUUCUGGCACACCGACAAGACAGCAGGUGUCUUUACAACCAGAACAAAGUUAUAAAAACAUUCACAACCUUGAACAAGAAAUUGAUAGAGGUCAAGAAUCACGAAAUUAUGAUCAGGUGUUGGUUUCUAGAAAUGUUACUUUCUCAGCUGAUGAAAUCUAUCGACAAGCUUAUGGACCAAUUCCAAUAGACCCAAGAAAUGCUCAUCAACAAAUGGCAUCUUCUCCACCUUAUAAUGUGAUGAUUAGUCCAAGACAACAGAAUUAUCCUAUGGCGAUGAAUGUACAAAAUUAUCAACAAGUACCAACUGGAAUGUGUAUGUAUAAUGGACAAGGGGAUUACUUCAUGUCACCAAAUUCUCCAGUAUCACCCCAAGCAUCUUUUUUCCAACCCUAUUUUCCUCGCAACUGUUCACCUUCACCACCACAAAGACAGUUUGUGUACCCUGGUGUGAUGGGUUCAAGCCCACCUGGUCCUACCCAUGGGUACCAUAAAUAUCAACAACAACAUGCUUACAACACAAACAACUCUAAUCAGUACCAAGUAUACCUUCCUCAUCCUCCUCAUCCACCUCCUCAAUAUCAUACUCAACACCAACAUACUACUCAACAUCAGCACCACCAGCAUACCAUUCAGUAUCAACACUCUAACCAUCAAGCCUAUGGUGGUUCAUCUGGUUGGACAGGAGCUCAGAAUAGAAAUCAGUACAACAGCUACUCGGGCAAUACUAAUUUCAAGCAUACCAAAGAUACCAACAUUCAAAAAGAAGCUAUGAUAAAACACAAGGAGACAAAAGUGGAAUCAGCAUCCCCUUCCCAUAAACAAUUAGCAAAAAUGCCAAGUGAAAGUGAUAGAACAAAGAAUCAUAUAAAGGAAGACACAUCACUUAGACACAAAGAAGCUGUUAGGCAAUACCAUGAACAAAGAAGAACUCUUCAGGAAGAUCAAGUUGACCAAAAAUCACCAGUAAAAAUCAAACCAAAUUCUUAUGCUGCCAGCUCUUUAAAUCGAUACUUCUCUUCUUUAGAAAAUUUAAAUGCCAAAACUGAAAAUGACAAUGAUGACAAUUUGACUAUUGUAACAGAAACGUCUGGUGUUACAGCUACUAGUGUGAACGCUGGGGGUAUUACAGAUAGAAUAGAAAAGUUAGGGAUUACAAUUCCUAACCUUAAACCUAAAGAUGCUUUAGCUGAUGAGUCAUCUGCUAAAUUAGAAAAGAAAUAUAAGAUAUGUCCAGAAUGUUCCACAACAAACAAAGAUUACAUGACAUGGUGCUCUGAAUGUGGGGAAGUCCUCAUAGGUGUCAGAACAAUCACUUCCAAAAAGAAGCAAUCGAAAGGGACAGAAAGAACUCAAAGGUUACCAAAGAAGGAGAAGAAAUCUGUAAAAGAUGCUACCAGUACCCUUCAUGCAGAAUUAGAUAAAAUAGACAAGAAGGAAAACAGUCAUUUUCAGAUUAAUGAUAAGUCUAACAUAAAAUCAAUCAUUGAUUCUCCAUUGAAACCACAACCAACCUUUGAACAAGUCAAAGAAGCUGAGAAGAUCAUUGAAAGAAAUUCUCCAAGAACUGAUGAUAAACCCAAAUUUGAUCCUAAAUUUUACAGAACGGAUAAAGACAUCAAUGAUAUUUGUGAAGUGAUUACAGAUCCAGUUAUUCGAGGUUAUAUCCGUUCUUACUUCAAGAAGAAAACAGGAUCAGCAUUGGCAGAAGAAAAGAGCUGUGCUAGUAGUGUUCAAGAUCACCCAGAUAAGUUGGAAGAGUCUACAAAACUGUUGGUAGUGUCUCCGGAACAUCUGGAAGAGUCUCCGGAACAUCUGGAAGAGUCUCCUGAUACAAUAGAAGUAGAAGAGGAACCACAACAAAGAACUCAGCCAGAUGUUGACCUAGAUUUGAACUGGUCCAAUAACACUAGAGCUUUUAAGUCUGCUGCCAUUAGUACCCAGGCCAAAAGUCAACAUUUUAGGAAGAAGAAAGAAAAUGUUGAUAGAGAAACAAAACUUCAAGCAAAGGAAGCAGAACAAGGAACACAACCAGAAGUAUCUCUUGAUCUAAACAUGUCUAAUAGCACUGCUGCUCUAAAUGAUGCUUCCACUAGUGCCAAGGUAAAGGGUACAAAAUUUGGAAAGAAGAAGGACAAUGUUGAAAUAGAUAUAGAAGUAUUUGGAAUGGAAGAAAGUAGAGAAUCGAAGAGUUCCAUAAUUCCUGUUGUUCCAUCUUUAAAUCUUGCCUCCAGUAGUGAUGAAGAUGAACCUCAUAAUAGAGAUGUGAUGGUUGAUUCAUCUGUUGACACUGAUGUAUUUCAGGCAGUUAUGGAUUCCAAGACUAUAUCGAAUGGUAUUGUAAAAGAUAAAGUUCCUGAAAAAAGCAAUUUUCUUGCCCAGAUUUUAGGACCAAAAGGAUCAACUCCUAAGAAGGUAGGGACAAGUAAAGAUGUUUCCACAAGACCAAAGAAAAAAGUGGUGCCUAGCAAAGUUUCAGAGUCUGUGAACAGUUUGCCUCAUCAACGUCGUUGGGAAAAAUCGAAUUUAGCAUGGUCAGCAAUUCAUCCAAAAGAGAUAAAUCUGAAAUCGAGUGUCAGUAUGCCUAAAGCCAGGAUAGGAUUUGCUAGUAAAGGUAGAGCAGUGUACAGUUUGGAUAAUUUUGGUUCUUUUGAUAUGAACAGCGUUAAUCAAUGCACUCAAUCCACAACAGAUGGUCAUCAGAAGAAACAAAGACCAGCCAGUGCUGAUCUUUAUAAAAGAAAAGUACAACAGCAGAGACCAAUGAGUGCCCAAGUUCGACCUAUCAGUGCCCAGGUAAGACCUACUAGUGCCCAGGUAAGACCAACAACAGCUCAGAUGCGACCGAAUUAUAGUAAACAAAUUCCUGCUCAUUUACAAUCAGAUAAUGUUGAUAUUGAUGAUGACGUACUUGAGGAUUUUAAUGAUGAAUAUGUGGAUGUUCCUAAUGUUGAUGAUCACAAUCCUAUCAACAUGCCCACCAUUGUUGACCACCGUCUGCCCACUCAGGUAGCCAGAGUUAUCUCACAGUCAGUGAAUCUAGUUCCAGAAACUUCAGUAACAGCCUAUAAUAAGUACAUGGAAAUGACACCAAGAAUACAGGAAGGAAAUUUUUCACCAUGGGUGUGUAUGCCAGAUGAAAUAUGGCUUCAUAUAUUCUCUUACUUAAACCAUGUAGAUUUGAAGAAUUGUGGCCGUGUCUGUCAGCAAUUCCAUCGAGUGGCUCUUGAUGAAGUUUUAUGGAAGUAUAUUGCUGUAAAGAAACAACAUAAUAUAUGUGAUAUUUGGUUACAUGAGAUAGGUAAACGUCAUCCUAUAUCACUAGCUUUGAUACAAUGUCAUGGGGAUUUUAUUACUAUAGAAGGUCUGUGUGACAUGUUUAAAGAAUGUUCAGAAACUCUUCGGGAAUUGAAUUUCACGCGAUGUAGUCGAGGUGGUUUGACGGGAGAUAAUAUUUUACUCAAUGCAGCCAUCAUGUGUCAUAAUCUAACACAUAUUGAUGCUAGCUGGUGUCAUGUCACUGAUAAUGCUUUAUUAGCUAUAGCAGAAAGCUCAAAUAGAUUAGAAAGUGUAUGUUUAAAUGGUUGUCAAGUUAUAUCAGAUAUUGGUUUAGAAGCUUUAAUAAAGAAACAUGGAGGAAGUUUAAGAGUGCUAGAAAUGUUUGGAUGUUUUAAUAUAAGUCAAAGAGGUCUUCGUUUCAUUGCCAAUAACUGCAGAAAUCUAUACACUUUAAAUCUUGGACAGUGUUAUAAGCUGACAGAUUCUUGUAUGACACAGAUAUCAGCUAAUUUAGGUCGAAUAGAAAACCUAGAUUUACGGGGUUGCAAACAGAUUAGAGACAAUUGUGUGAGAAAAAUAGUACGCAACUGUCCGAGAUUAAAAACCUUGGUGCUGGCAAAUUGUCCAAAUAUUUCAAAUGAUGCUAUGGUGGAAGUGGCCACCUAUUCCAUGGAUAUCAGGAACCUGGAUGUAUGUGGUUGUAGAAAUAUAAAUGAUAUCAGUAUUAGAAAUAUAACCAAUAAUUGUUUGAGAUUAACAGCUUUGGAUAUUAGUUCUACUGGCUGUUCUACGGCAAGUGUAAAUAUGCUAGCUAAUUAUGGUAAUCGGUGUUUGGAAUCGGUAAAACUCAACUUUUUAACAGACGUAACAGAGGCCAGUCUAUUAAGAUUAGUCAAACAUUGCUCAAGAUUAAAAAUACUUCAUCUAUAUGGCUGUUCUAGUGUUAGAAAUAUUUACAAAUUAAUUACGAUAAAUAAAAACCUGGAUGUUGAAAUGUAAUAGAUAUAUAAAGGGCCUAAUAUAUUUUAUAUUGUACAUAUAGAUAUUUAAAUUAGGCCAUAUAAAAAAAUAUUCUGGUUCUCAGAUAAUCCCGUGUCACUUCAAAAGGGCCGCAUCACCUGUUUUUAUUUUAAAAAAUGAAAAAUAAAAACAGGCUCAUUGAUGACAGCAUGUAAGUAUUUUAUUCUGAUUACAAAAAGUAGAAUUAUAGAAAAAUUUGAAUGAAUCCAUAGGCUCAUUUAUCAAGUACACAACCCUGAUAAAGUUAAUGACAAUCAAAUAAUACUGGAUAAUAAAAUAUCCUAUAAACAAAAAUUUGUUGUUAGCCAAGUAGUGAUUCUUUGACAAAAUAAAAACCAGAAUAUUUGUUUAAUAUGGCGUUAUUAUAUAUCAUUUUUUGUAUUUCUAAAAUCUGAUAUAUUUUUUUUUGAAAACAUUGAUUAAUUUAGAGAAAAUAAAGUAUGACGCCGCGACUACUGUUGUUUAAAGAUUGGCCUAAAGUCAGUUACAUAACAGAUUGGGCAUUAAUAAAUGUAAAGAGACAGGACUGUACAUUCUAUAUUUAAAGACGCAUUAUGUAAGAGCUAAAUCUGCCUAUUGGAGGUCUUUCUUUUGGCUACAAUUAAUGUAACAUAAAUUAUUAAAUAAGACAUUUAUUCACAUAACAAGCCUAUAAUCAACUCUCUAGGUUAUCAGAUGGUCAUGAUUUUGAAUUGAUUGAAACAUGAUCACCAUUUAAUAAUUAAACUUAAAAAAUAUAAUCCUGUCUUUGUUUAUUAUGGUAACAAUGGUACUGGAUAAUCAAGACUAUAUUGUGAAAACUCCAAACACUGUGCUCAGAAGAAGGUCAUUUGACUGAAAUUUUCAAUAUAUUUUUGAAGCUAUAAUGACCAACUCUAUAUCUAAAUCUUACAUAAUGUAUCUUUAGGAUUCAAUGAGAUCAGCAACCGACCAAUCCGCCAUUUUUAAAUCCAAAUAGAAAAUCUGUGGAGGUUUUGUUUGAAAAUGAUUGUAGUAUGGAUAUAGUUCUAAAGCUGUUGAUCAAUGAUAGAUGUAGUUUGCUAAAUCAUAUUAUUGCUAAUGACUUACAGUGAACUAGAAUUUUGACAAGAAAUUAAUGUGACACUGUAAUGCAUUUUUAACAUGGAUGUAAUGCAAGCGUUAAUCCCUUGCUUUUCAGUAUUUAUAUCCCAAAUAUUGUCUUUUAAUAUGUAUCCAUUCCUUUUUAAUAUUAUACAAUCCUCUUGCAUAUUACAAUAAUAAAAUGUAACUUGAAUGUUUGAAGUCUGAAAAAAAUAGCCAUAAGACUAUAUGUUAUCAGUUGUCUGUUAUUAAAUUUAUUUAUUAUCUGCUGUCAUUUAUAUAAGUAUUUUUCUACAAUAUUUAUAUAUAUAUAUAUUUUUAUCACAGGUUUGUAUACAGAUUAUAAGCAUGUACACACAAAUAGACAUUUGUGGAUUUUUUAUUGUUUUCAUUAUAUAUGUGUACAAUACUUUUUUGCACUUGGUAGAACUGCAUAAAGUGGUACCAUACUUGACUUCUUAAUGCGUUUUUUGCUGCUAUUUGAUUUUUACUUCAGAUUUGAUGAUUUUAGCAGAUAUUUUGGACAGGUUGUCAUCACUAUAUUAACAGACCAUUGAUAGAUUUUAUACAAUUUGAUUUGGCAGGGUUUUUUUUGUAAACUUCCACCUAAAUAUUUUGAUUACUGUUUACAAAGUGAUAUGAAAGUUUAUAUGUUACAAUAUGUGUAUGAAUGGGUUUAUAAGGCAUGCUAGUAGGUUUCUAAUUUUUAAUUAUGAUAUGCAGGUUAUUAAGGAAAUUGUCUGAUUAUGUAUUGUAUGAAUAUAAUGACAUUUUAUAAAGCCAGUUAUUUACAAUUUUGAGUCGUCUUGACUCCAACAUAUGUUUGCAAUUUGCUAUAGAGGAAUAAAUUGCACUUGGGAUGGUUUGCUGGUUGGUUAAAUGGUAUUUUUCGAUUUGGCGUGAUUUUACUAUAGGCUCUACAAUUAACUUGUGGAUGUUAAAAUUAGAUUGCAUUUAAAAUUUGUAAUAAGUAUGUCAAACUAUGCUGAGAAACAGAAGUUUUAACUUUAAAUUUCUAUAAGUUUAAUAAACACCAGUUAAAACACCUCACUCUUUAAGUAGAGCAUAUCAAGUAUUUUCAAUAUUGAAGGUGAGUCUAUGGCUAUUUUGAUGAGUGUGAUAAUGCCUCUUUAAAAUGGAGUAAUAGAUAAUGAAAAAUAUAUAAUUAUUUUAGAGAUGGUGCCAUAUAGUAAUUAAUGUAAUAUUGAUUAGAGGGUAAAGGUUUUAAAUACAAAGAUUAUUUCCCUAAACAAAGUGGUUUAAACAUAUUUAUUUUAAUUUUUGUUCUAUAUUAUACAGUGAUGUACAGCUGUCUGAUAUCGAAAUUGAAAUCAGAAUGGAAUUAUGUAUCAACUUAAAAUUGUUAUGUUGUUAUAACAUGCUUAUUAUUAUUAUUUAUUGUUAAUUUAUUUUCAAAGAUACUGAAAUAAAACUGAAAAAAAUUAA